CUGCCCGCCUUCUCCUGCUGCUGCUGCCGCUCUGACUUGCUCUUUGCUGCUUCUUUCCCCUCUUUCUCUUCCUGCUUAAGCUCCCUGCCUUCUGUAUGGAGAUUAAUCACGCUGAACAGCUCUCAGCAGAACAGUCCACACCUCCAGAGGACAGUCCUUCAUCACCUAGGCAGAAUGGCCUUGAGAAGCAAGAUGGUCAGAAUUCCCCAACCCCACUCCAAGCACCACAGCAAGAGGCAAGUGUGCACCCUGAAAAGGGGACUCAUGAUAUCUCUGAAGAGUUAAACCGUCAACUGGAAGACAUCAUAAACACAUAUGGGUCUGCUGCCAGCACAGUGGGCAAAGAGGGAGCUCCCAAGGCCAAGGAGCAGCCUACAAAUGCAGAAGCACCCGACCAUGAGGAUGGAGACUGUGAGGAGAACACUGGAGAGGCUGAAAGAGAACCUGCUGCUUCUGGAGACCCAGCCACAGUUAAAGAGCCAAUCAGCAAUAAAGAGCAAAGAUUGGAAAAGAAAAUCCUAAAAGGAUUAGGCAAAGAAGCCAACCUGCUAAUGCAACAUCUGAACAAGUUGCAAACACCUGAAGAAAAGCUUGAGUUUUUAUUUAAGAAGUAUGCUGAAUUGCUGGAUGAACAUCGCACUGAGCAAAAGAAGUUGAAGCUCCUACAAAAGAAACAGGCACAGAUCCAGAAAGAAAAGGACCAGCUACAAAGUGAACACAGCAAAGCUAUCCUUGCUCGAAGCAAACUGGAGAGUCUGUGCCGGGAGCUGCAGAGACACAACAAGACACUGAAGGAGGAAACCCUUCAGCGAGCACGUGAGGAAGAAGAGAAAAGGAAAGAGAUCACAAGUCAUUUCCAGAGUACCCUGACAGACAUCCAGGCUCAGAUCGAGCAGCAGAGUGAGCGAAACAUGAAGCUCUGUCAGGAGAACACAGAGCUGGCAGAGAAACUGAAAAGCAUCAUCGAUCAGUAUGAGCUCCGGGAGGAGCAUCUGGACAAGAUAUUUAAACACAGAGAACUGCAGCAGAAGCUGGUGGAUGCAAAACUUGAACAGGCACAAGAAAUGAUGAAGGAAGCAGAGGAGCGACACAAGCGUGAAAAGGAAUAUUUGCUGAACCAGGCAGCAGAGUGGAAACUUCAGGCCAAAGUGCUGAAGGAACAAGAGACAGUGCUGCAGGCUCAGCUUACUCUCUACUCAGGAAGGUUUGAAGAGUUCCAGAGCACACUGACAAAAAGCAAUGAGGUGUUUGCCUCUUUCAAACAGGAAAUGGAUAAAAUGACUAAGAAAAUGAAGAAGCUGGAAAAGGACACAGCCACAUGGAAAUCUCGGUUUGAAAAUUGUAACAAAGCUCUGCUGGAUAUGAUUGAAGAGAAAGCACUGAGAGCUAAAGAAUAUGAAUGCUUCGUGAUGAAAAUUGGGAGGCUAGAGAACCUCUGCCGAGCUUUGCAAGAAGAGAGAAACGAACUCUACAAAAAAAUCAGAGAGGCAAAAACACCUGAAAAAGAUGACCAAAGUCAGCAUACCUCGGAUGAAGAGCCAAGUGUCUCCGCGGAAAAGGAGAUGGAUGCAGAGGAGGCCAAGAGAGUUCAAAACGCCGUGGAAAGUCUGGCCACGGCCUUCAGGGUAAUUCAUGGUCCAGAGUCCACCCUUGCCCAGUCCACAGAAAUCCCGCCAGAACUCGGCAGGCCUCAGGAGGGCGCAGCCUCCGGCCCCAAGGAGCCGGAACAACCUCCCCUGACCCCUUCAGGGGCUUCAGAAAGGCCUUCGCCUCCCCCAAGCCCUCAAGCCGCAGCUGAAGGAAGCGGUGAGGCAGAGGCCAAGACCACCCCUGCGGGGCCGGCAUCAGAACCCAGAGCCUCAGGGCUCACGGCUGGGCAGCAGCCCCGGAAGCUGGGGGCAGAAGCUUCCGGUCAGGCCCCGCAGGCCCCAGCGGAAGCUCCCUUAGCCCCGGUGGAGACCGAUGGCUCCGGUUCGCUGCCCCCAGCGCCGGAGCAGGUGCCAGCACGGGUGACGGGAGGUGAGCCCGCGAGACAGCUCGCACCAGCAGCCACAGAGGAGCUGUCCCCAGGGGCUGGAGCUGGGUCCCAGCUGUCCGAAGUGGCCGACCCCAGCCUGGAAGGAGUAGACUAAGUCCCAUGAGCCGUCAGGGCUGGGCUUUCUGACGUCGCAUCUCCGUCCUAACAGCCGGGCGUGUGAGCCAGACAUCGAGGGCUAGGAUGUCAAACGGAGGAGAGUUAUGAUCAAGAUGGUGUUUCAGGGUUAUGCAGGGCGCAUUCAGCCUUUUCUCAUUGUUCUUGAUUUAUAACUGAUUUGGAGCUUUUCUGUUUAACACUGCGUGAUAGAAUCAUUUGCUCAAACGGCCACAAAGCAUACUAAAAGCAAAUAUGCAUUGCUGCCAUUAACAUAGUACUUAAUUCAGUUUCUUAAUAACAGAUUUGAUGUUUAGACUUCUACUAUAUACAAAUUCUGAAAAUGUGUUCUACUUAUUGCCACAUACAGUUUAAUAAGUUCCAUUGUAUUCAAUGGAUGCUCAGGUUCCUUUUAAUGGUAUAUUCACACAAUAUAUGCAUAUGUGUUAAUGUAUACAAGGGUGCUUCAAAAAGUGCAUGCAGAAUGGAAUUAAACGAUGUUUAUUUUGGUGCAGAAAAAAAAUUGAAAUCAGUGCCUGGGGGGGUCUUCAAACGUUCAUGGAAAAUGUGUAUUAUGAAAAAACUAUGCGUGGAUUUCAAAAUUUUUCUACAAAAAAUAUGAGUAAACUUAUCUUUUGAAAAUAUGUUUAUUUGAGAAAGAGUUCCCAUCCAUUGAUUCACCUCCCAAAUACCUGAAAAGAGGCAGGAAUUAGGAAUUCAAUCCGGGCCUCCUAUGUGGGUGGCAAGAACCAGGUACUUGAGUCAUCAUUGCUGCCUGCCUUAGUAGGAAGCUGGAGUCAGGAACAAGUGCAAGCUAUCAAACCCAGACACUUAGUGUGGGACCUGGGGUCUUGGCCAGUUCUUCAGCUGCUAAGAUAAACGCCUAUCCCUAAAUCUACCUUUUAAUUCCAUUUCCAUGAACUUGUUGAAGUAUUCACAAAUUAUGUAUAUGUGUACCUAUUUAUGUGGGUAUAUAUACAUAUAUGUGUAUACAUAUAUACAUGUGUACUUUAUGUAAAUAUAUAUUACACAUACAUUCUUCUAAUACCUUUAUUAAUAUUUUUCUAUGCAAAAUAUGGGAUGCUAAUCAAAAAAUUGUCUCAUACUUGCACCCAGGACUAUGGUAGACUAAUGCUCUAUGAAUCAGAAGUAGGUUCCAAACACAAGUAUUUAGACCAUUGCAAUGUGCAAAAUUAAGUAGUCCAGUGUUAGAGCAAUAAAUUCAGCCAACUGACCAAAUGACAGAACCACUUGGAUUAGACUGCAAGUCUGUGCAGCAAGUGCGGACACAAAUAUGACCACAAGAGUUCCCAAACAGAAAAAGAGAAGCUAUGGACUGCUCACCUCUUCCAGUUUCUUCUCCUAUGCUCCUCAUCCCGCUGCUUGCAGCCUUCUCAUGGGGUCAAACAGCCUAUUUCUGGCUGCCUACAAGGCAAAGACUGGGAGUGGGAAAGGAAGUGAAGGACGAAGGAAGAGAAGGACCUCAAACAGAGAGGCCCCCUGCCUCUUUGCUGCAAAUGUCUCCAGACAGAACACUCACCUCUUGUUGUGACUUUUUCUGUCUAAAUCCUCAAAGCACCUGCUCCUUCCUUCCUUCCAAAUUCCCAUCUUUGCAGCAGGAAGUCAUACCCAGCCCUCAUCUCAGUUAAUGUUAAAUAAAACUAUUACUUUUCCAAAACAGAAAUCCACACAGGGUCUCAAUGUGAAUGAUGAGGCUUACAAACCAUUUUUCUUUGAAAAUUUCUCUAAAGGCUAAAAUACAAAACAAAAACAAAUGGGCCCCUACUCAAAAUGAUUUGAAAAAUAGGUUAGGAUUCAGGAGAAGGGAAGAGCUAGAAACAACUAGGGUUGUUUACAUGAGUAUUAAGAAUCUCUAAUAAUACUGGCAGCAUCAGUUACCUAGGGUGAAGGAAGACUGCAACAAUAAUAUAUGAAGAAAGAUAGGGAAAGGGCAGACAAAAGAGGGAAAGGGAAAGAAAGGAAGAAAAAACUAUCUAACCCAACCCAAUGGGAAAGUUGAACUCCAAUGGGAAAAUGGAUAAAACAAGAUUCCGUACUACUUCUCCAGGAAAUCAUCUGUCAAUGUUGAAUGUGGCUGUUUGCCAAAGCAUACAAAGCACUUUUAGGUAGCAGCUAUAUGCUGUAAGAAUUUUAAACUGCAUAAAAUCUGUUUAAAGUGAACAGGGAGGGUGAUAACACAAACACUAGUCAAGGAAAAAAGAUCAGGAGAAAAGCUUGUCACUGUAUCAGAACCCAUAUAUUUUUGAAGGCUUAAAAUAUUAAAACUACAGAGUAUCCAGCCAAAUUCAACAUUACUGGAAAUCUUUGAGAUUUAAAUGUUCAUUUAAUUCAGAGCCAAAUCUUUACUAUAACAAUCGAGGAAGGUCUUCUUUCCUACUACUUACAGACACUGACCUACCCCAAAUGGAGUCAGAUUAGACAACCGUGGUAAAGUCUCAGUCUGAAUGUUUAGCAAGAGAAAUAGGCAGGCAAGGAGCCAAAUUCAGUAAAUUAAAUAUUUAGCACCCAGAGUUCAUUC